GCGAACUUGGGCUGCAGGCGAACACUUCUGCAAGAUCAGCUUGCACCAGCUUUGGAAAAGUUCUGCCAGUUCUUGAGAAUGACCAGAAAGAUCUUCACCAACAGCAGGGAGAGGUGGAGGCAGCAGAAUGUCAACAGCGCAUUUGCCAAGCUGAGGAAGCUCAUUCCCACCCACCCUCCGGACAAAAAGCUCAGCAAGAACGAGACCCUCCGCUUAGCUAUGAGGUACAUCAACUUCCUUGUCAAGGUGCUCGGGGAGCAAGGCCUGCAGCAGCCAGGGAUGAAUCCACGGGGAAGGAUACUGGGACUGUUCCAGCCAAGUCCAAGUUUGGAAAGCAUGGAAGAUUUGACUCUCAUUGAAGACUCUGAGGUCCCUUCUCCCAACACAAGCAGCAACGCUCCAGAGUGCUGGUCAGAGGCAUCGUCCCCGUGACGUGCUGUUUGUCAGGGCUGUAGUCCUCCUGGUAGUAAUUUGAUAGUUUCCCUUCUUUAUACAAGUUGUGGGUUGUCUGCCUAUGUACAGUAUUUAUAUAUAUAUAUAUCUUUUGCUCUUUUAACGAAUGUAUUUUGUGUAACGGUUUCUUUGGGAGAUGCUAAUUUUCAGUACUUAAAAAGAGGGAUAUCAAAUCUCUGGAAGUUGAUCAGGAUUCCAACAACUCUACUUGCCACAAAGUGCUUUGACCUCAAGGCCAAGGAUCUUUGAUACGACCCACAGAAAACUACCCAUGAUGCAUUGGUGAGAGUUAUUGGAGCCAAUAGCUGGUGACUGAGCAGCAACGUAACUUCUAGACCCAGUUCAUACAAUUAUUGGGCUGUGGAGUCCUUUUCCGUGGUGGAGUGAGUCCUCUCUACCUUGUGUCCUGCAAUGUGUGCCAUGAGGGCUGCAUGUGAUCUCCUCUUACCUUUCCUAAAAGGAAAGAAACACUUGAGUUGGGCCACUGCAGAGAAAGUUGCAUGAGGAAAAACUU